AUGUACAGCGACAACGGAACAAAUUUCAUCGGAGCCAGGCGAUCCCUGGAUGAAAUGCAGCAGCUACUGAACUCAACACAGCACAAGGAUCACGUAGCGAACUCACUAGCAGACGAAGGUAUCCAAUGGACCUUCAUCCCACCUCGUGCUCCACAUUGGGGAGGAAAGUGGGAAUCAGCAGUUCGAUGUGUUAAACUGCAUCUUCGACGAGUCAUUGGCAGCAGCACACUAACACAUGAGCAAAUGCGCACCUUGCUGGCUCAGAUCAGUGCGGUGGUCAACUCACGACCCUUAUGCUACACGUCGGAUACAGAUAGCAACUAUCUGUCACCAGCCCAUUUCCUGAUCGGGCGACCAUUUACGACGAUCCCGGAGGUGGAUCUUGGCCACAUUCCUGUGGGCCGUUUGCGAUACUGGCAGAGUAUCCAAUCGAUGUACCAAGGCUUCUGGAAACAAUGGCACCAGGAGUACCUGACGAGUCUUCAGCAGCGACCAAAGUGGACCAAGGAAACCCCCAACAUCAACAUCGGCAGCGUUGUGCUCGUCAAGGAGUCCAACACACCACCAGCAUCAUGGCACCUGGCGAGGGUGAUCGAAACCUACCCAGGAAAGGACGACGUCGUGCGAGCAGUAAGGCUCAAGAUGGCAACAGGAGAAUUGACCCGGCCAAUAACGAAAAUUGCAGAACUACCUCAUUCAGAAACCGUGUUUCAGGGUGGGCCGGGAUGUUUGGAAACUAUCGCUUAG